UUAUCAAUAAGCCAUGCUAGCUAUUUCUGCCCCACUAGAUUUCGAGGAUUAGGUAAGCUAAACCUAAUCAAGGAAAGCCUACAACAUUGAUACAAGGAAAAUUCGAGAACUGAAGACACAAGAUUGAGCCUACGAAUCAAUUUUACAGCUCUAUAUCGAGAAUCUUCUAUUGAGAUUGUGUGAAUAUUGUCUGUAUAGGAUUCUCAAGUAUAAAUAGUGUCCAAAAUCCCAUCAAGAUGUAGAUAGGAGCAUGCAUAGAAUUAGGUCAAUAUCAAUAUUUCCCACUAUAAGGCGUCCUUGGGUGUUGAGCUUAACUGAGUUCGUGCUAGUACAUAGCAAAUUUCGAUACUAGAUAAUGAUCACGUGUUAACACAACAAACUGCAACUAUGAUUAGUUGAACCAAAUAAUAAUCAACCUCGCUAUGUAUGAGACUGCCAUAACUACACAAAAAUUGAACAGCAAAGGUUUCAUUAUUAUGAACACCCCUACCUAUCUCGGUGUGCAAUAAUGGAUCAACCAACUAAGAAUAAAAACCACGUGAUAGAUCCAGAUGGAGAAGUGAUGUUUCUCCUGGGCAAUGCGAAUGCUCCAUUCGCCGUCUGGGACGAGAAGAAGAUCGGCAAACCGACUCCCAAGAAAGCUGUCAAAAAGCCUCCGAAGAAGAAGGCCAAGUUGGAUAGUGCAAAGGUGUCUGCUAAACAUCUAAUGUUAGCGUCGCCAGUACUGAAAAAGACCCUUUCGGGUGGAUGGAAGGAAAGCGAAAUUUUCGCUAAGAAGGGUUCAAUAGAUCUCGUCGUGGAGGACUGGGAUCUAGAUGCAUUUUUACUCUUUCUGCGAAUCCUUCAUUGCCAACAUCACGAUUUGCCCAGCAGCGUUACUCUGGAAAUGCUGGCAAAGAUUGCAGUGAUGGCUGAUUACUAUGCGUGCAAGAAUACAGUCGCAUUUUUUGCGAAUUUAUGGAUUGAGAAAUUGGAACCAGCCUUUCCCACGGAGUAUUCACGUGAUUUGAUGCUGUGGCUGUUUGUAUCGUGUUUUUUUGACAAACGAGAACUGUUCGCGAAAUCGGCCUCCAUUGCUAUGACAAAAUGUAAUGCUCCAAUAACAAAUUUGGGUCUUCCAAUCCCUAUCAAUGUGCUCAGUAAGUCCUUUUCCGACGUUUUGGCAUCGUCCUUUAUUGACAUCCUCUACCAAGACAGGAUAAAUAUCGACAGAGAGUGGUACAUACAGCACGUUAUGAAACGUUUGAAAGAACAGCGUGACUUGUAUCUAAGUAAAGACUGGUCUUGCUCAUUGGAUUGCUGCUCAAUGUUAUUAGGCGCAUUAGAAAAACAGAUGCAUUUGAACGGCCUCUCUUUACCUGGACCCCAGCCUCCGUUCUACGGAAUAAGUUACGAGACACUUGUCACCGCGGUUCAUUCUUUCACUAUUCCUAGGUGGGCACCAAUAUCAGAUCUUACGGGUAGGUAUAAUACCGAGCAUUAUUGUGAAGAGACACGUCGGGGAUACAACCUCUUGGAAUUCAAGACUGUUUGCGAGAGUUUAUUACGAAAUUGGUGACGACAUCUAAGAUUAGUGAUGCCUUGUAAGUAAAAUGCUUACAUUGAUAGUGCAUAAGUCAGUUACUUGGUUCAGAACGAAGAAAUGGCUAUUUAUUACGUGGGUCCCCGGUAGACGCGACCUAUUUGCGGAGGCGAGUUCCAUCGCUGUAAAUCAAAGUAGGUCUCCAAUAAGAAAUUUUUGGGCUACCGAUACCUCCUGUGAUGCUUGGUAGGUGGUCACAAAUCUUAGCCACUUAUAUUCUGGUAUAACGGAACGCAGACUGAACAAUCUUUGCCAGACGCGCUCAACCGGAAGAGAGAGG